GAGGCAAUCGAAGUGGGUAUAAAAGAGGGGUAGUUGCCGGACUGGGUCAUCAGUUGAAUAGCCAAGCAACAAGCAAUCAAGUAAAUUUCAGUUUACCUUUGCCAAGUGGAAGUCGAGAAAUAUAUACCAACAAGAUGGUUUGCAAGGGUUGUGGAACAAACUGCCAGUGCUCGUCCCAAAAGUGCGGGGACAGCUGCGCCUGCAACAAGGAUUGCCAGUGCGUUUGCAAGAAUGGGCCCAAGGACCAGUGCUGCAGCAACAAUUAAACGGGCCAACAAUAUAACUAACUAUAUAACUUUUAAGUUGGGGCUUAACUCCCAACGAGUUGGCCGCCAUAAAUAAAGUUUAUAAAGAUUUUGGGCAUUUAAAA